GGCUGCCAACCUCCACAUCUGCCUAUGGACUUAUCAAGGGAUGGGGCCACGUAGGUUUUGUUCACACUCCCUCACCCUGAUAGGCAUAUCAAAUUUGGUUAUAAAUUAUUAAUCCAUUUUAAGGAAGUUCUGUACCUGGGCAGUAUAAAUCUAAGAUCUUGGAUUGCAGACAGUUAUUUGUAAGUGGGAAAUCUGGAGCCUACAGUAACCAUGAGAAGCUUUGUAGGAACUCUUCUUGUCACGAUAACAUGCAUUGUUUCAGUUUAUUCAUUAUCAUGCAUUCAUUGUGAAAACUCAACUGGAAUUAUGUGCCCCGAACACUCUGAAACAAAGGAUUGUCCUAACUCUGAAUAUAAAUGUGGCACUUCCUACUUGGCAGAAUUGAGAGGAAACCAGGAAAAUAUUUGGAUCGUGAAAGGAUGCAAACACCAACAGGAAUGCAAAACAAGUCCUGCAGUCAUCAGAAAUCCUGAUGUUACAGUUGUAUUCGGUGUGGAAUGCGAUACAAGCGAACAGUUUACUCUGCCAGAAAAAGUGUUUACACCCUCUAAGACUGAAAAUAAGUACACCUGCUCCUCGUGUUUUUCUGAGUCCCUUGAGCCGUGUCAGAAAACGAAUCAAAUCAACUGUUAUGGAGAUAAGACUCGGUGUGGUCGUAUCGUAAUUGAUUUUGGGGGUUCUAAAAAAAAACACUUGUCCAUGCGCGGUUGUGCGAAUCCAGAGUUUUGUUCGAACAAGGCUGUCGCUCAAAACUUCACAUCCUUAAUAAAAGAAAAGGAUUGCUAUGUACAAUGCAACCAUUGUGAAAACUCAACUGGACUUACCUGCCUUGAAAAGUCUGAAACGAUAAAGGAUUGCCCUGACUCUGAUCACCAAUGUGCCACCUCAUACUUCGCGGAAAAGAGAGGAGGGAAGACUGUGUCUUCUUGGAGCGUCAAAGGAUGCAAAAAAACAAAUGAAUGCACCAAAAGUCCAGCAACCGUCAGCAAUCCCGAUGUUACCGUUACAUUUGGUGUGGCAUGCUGUGCAAACAACUCCUGUGCUAUUCCAGCUGACUUGUUUCGAACUAAAAAGAUCGCAAAUAACCAAACCUGCACCUCGUGUUAUUCCAACUCAUUUACUCAGUGUGAGACAAAGGAGAAAAUAAAGUGUUCUGGAGAUGAGACUGAAUGUGGCCGUAUCAAGAUUCUUUCUGCAGGUGAUGUGGACACGCACUGGUCCAUGCGUGGUUGUGCAACUCAAGAGUUUUGUUCGUCUGAGCUUGUGGUUCCUGGUGCCAAAUUCAACUUCAUCUUUACGUCGGAAAAGGACUGCACUAACAGCGGCUCCACCCAUAUCCUCAGUGUCCUCAUACUUACUGUGGCUGUUUUUUGGACUCUGUUGUUCUAGGAAAUCUUUGGCGCACUGUUUGUUUUACAUUACACCGUUCAUAUAUUUUGCUUUAUUAAAUUGUGCAAAUUUCCCAAUUAAAACUCUACUGCCCUAUCCAAUGACAUCUCCCAAAGCUGAAGUUGAAAGACUUUAUUGUGAGAACCCCUGUUCAGAAAUGAUACCAUCAUCACUUAAUGGACACACCCCCUGUAUAGAAGGGUUUGUUCACCAUUACCAAAAUCAGCCUAUGUAGGUAAGGGGAGCCUUUAGCUUUGACUGAAGUUGGAAAAUGCCCGUACUAUAGGUGUAGGCCAUCUAAUGCCGCGUACACACGAUCGGAAUUCUGAUGGAAUAAAAUCCAAU